GAAUGGCCGAAACAAGGUGAACCAUGGGCAGAUUCUGAGCUAAAAGAACAAAGGGAAAGAUUUCAAAAAACACCAAAUAGUGAAUAUAAUAUAUUAAUUAGUGGCACACAAUUACCAACAACAUCAGCAGAAGGUGAAGAAGAAAUUAAUGAUGACAAACAAGCACAAUUACCAAAUGAGACGAUGGAUAAAGAUUGUACGUUAUUAUUGUCAAAAUUAUAUGAUGUAAUGAAACAACUCCGAUUAAAAAGAAAAUCACAAUCAGUACCACCACCGUGGUCGUUAUUACAAUUCACACUCUCUAGCACUGAUUUACCAUGCCCAUGCUUUCAAAAUGACACAAGUGAGGAAGACAGUCUACUACGAACAAGUAUUAGUGGUAACUGCCAACCAGUGGAUAGUCAUAGGUUUAACAAGCAUUUAUUAGAACAUCACAAAAUAUUUAGUGAUUGGAAUUGGAACUGGCUAUGGCCAUUUAUGGUGCCUUGA